AUGGAACGACGGGGGGGGGAUAAGGAGGACGAAGUGAGCGUCAAGUACGACCCUCGCACGCAGCAUGAUUGGUGGGGCGUGCCAAUGUUCAAGGAUAGGCUGUCUGAGGGUGCCGGCACUGCGACAGGCCCGACAACGAACACAGCACAGCAUCAAGAACCCAACGAGGACAGCGGUUCCGGAAAUCGAGAACCUACGAGGAUACAUCUCCGACGCCAUAGAGACUGCAUCGCUGCCCAAGAAACUUCAUCCCAUCGUGCGAGUGUGGCUUUGGGCCCGUCGCAGACGCUAUCGCACGAGUUCCGAGCAGGACAUCCUUUGUCCGAUCCAGGUGUCGGCGCACAGACCACGCGCCGUCCAUGGGAUACCUCCCGCACAUCGCUCGAGGCAUUCGCGCACGCUUGGUCGCCAACUGUUCAGCUCGGGCAGCCAAGACAACAGUUGGAGGGCGUCGGGCGUUGUACCGUUCGGGUGCCAUCAAUCAAUCACCGUCAUCCCUCGACCGACGAAGCAAGCACGGCACAGACGCUCGCUAUCGACGCCUUGACUGCGGAUAUACGAGGAAAGGGAAGCGAUUCCCCUGCGCGAGAGGCGCGGACCGUCAGUACCGCACUGUGCACGGCCGAAGGCGAUAGCCCAGAGAUGCUCAGCACGCGGCGCAUGCACGCCAGAGCCCGCUCUCCCGCCGGCUCUGUUACUUGCGGUCGGACGGUCGGCCUCCACUUGGCUUUCUUGACACAUCGCCGAGUCGUGUCUCCCACCUGGGCGUUAGCGAGAGAGAUACAGGGGGAAAAGCAGCGCGGGGCGCACAUCCAGAAGCGCCGAGCACCGAAUCGGACGGCGAGAAAAGCCGUGGUCCGACGCGGUCCGACGCACUCUACUAUAGUCUCCGUGGCCGACCUAGCAACGCAGAAGACAGAAGGCAGAAGACGGAAGACGGAAGACAGAAGGCAUGGGCCGCGAUGGCCUCGCGAGUGCGGCGUCGGCGCACGCGGCAGAGCCUCGACCAACUGGCUAGCGAAGCGCGAAGAGGUGCUGCGGGCGGCUGUUACGGGCGACGAUAGGGAGGGUCGGCCUGCCGCGAGAGGAGCGUCGCGGUCGCCGGGAAGGAGCUGCGCUCGUGGAGGCGCACGACACGACACGACGCGACGCGACACGGCGUGGGACGACAUGGCACGGCGCGGCACGGCGCGGAACACGGCCAACAAACCGCCGGCGUUUCCUCGCGCGCGCGCCCCUACAACGAAACGAAACGAAACGAAACGAACCAGACGCUCGGCGAGCUGUGGAAGGCUGUGGCGCAUCUCUGUAGAAUAG